AUGGUACAAUAUGAUUAUUAUUUCAGAAAUAAUUUAACAAGUGAAGAUAUUAUAUCGCUAUUACUACUACUACUAACUACUACUACUACUACUACUACUACUACUAAUACUACUACUACUACGACUACUACUACUACUACUAUUACUACUACUGUUACUACUACUACUACUACUACUACUACUACUACUACUACUACUACUACUACUACUACUACUACUACUACUACUACUGCUAAUAUUAAUAAUAAUAAUAAUAAUAAUGAUUAUAGCAUGAAUUCAGUUGUCUAA